AUGGCUUCAGCCAAGCAGACACCUGUGAAACCUUCACCUCGAGCCGAACAGUCCUCACAACUUCAGAUCAGAAACGCCAUCUGCGCCCCAGUCAGCUACACAAAGAUACUCCCGAAACCUGUUUCUAAAGAUGCGCAGAACAGAAACCUAACCAAGGCUGGUGAGAGAGAGAUCGCUGCUGAUCUUGGCUUCCAGACUUGCGCACAGUUCCACCAAUGGCUGGAUAGUCCGCUCUUCAAGGCUUAUCGGGAUGAACUGCAACAAUGGAAAGAGGAGCACGUUGAUUUGAAGAUGGACAGAGCCCGGCCAAAGGCUUACUUCAAGCUCUUAGACGAGCUGGUGUCCAAGCCGCAGGCUAAGCGAGACAAAAUCGACUGUGCAUACUUUGAAGGAACUCCUGGUGAUGCUUGGAAGAAUCAUGACUUCUUUCUUUCGACCUUGCUCCGAAUCUUCGUGGCAAAUCAAGAAGUCCAAGACUACGGAUACGACAUUGGCCCCUUUCCACACGAUAUGCCGCAGGAGCGCUGGCAUAAACUGUGGAAUGCAAUCCAAUGGUGCAGAACCAAGAAUUUCUUCACGCCCAACGGUCGCGCAUCAGCCGCCAAGCGAAGCUAUGUCAAUAACGCCUUGGCCCGCCCUUGGUAUAUGCAGCAGGGACACGGUCAGGAUGCGGAGGAUCUCGAAAUGUCGACACGACCAGAUGCCGCGGAAGAAGAGCCGCCAUUUCCAAAAUACUUCAUCACGUGGACGAACAUGCCUGCUGUCAUCGAGAAGGACGGCUUGAUGAAGGAAAUCACAUUGGCCCUCCCAGAACUCUGCGAGUUUCCAUCAUUUGAGACAUUCAAACAGCAUAUUACCAGGGAGUUUCAGUUGCAUGAGCGAGAACUCAAGGUCAGAGACCUGCUGUUCACCGUGGAGAGUGGCCCACAGGCAAGUCUGACCCGAAAAAAGGUGGCUGUAUAUUGGGAGUAUCUUACCAAGUAUCAGCUGGAAGGCUAUAUGAUGAACUUCUUCUUGGUCUCCGAAGCUCUCAAGCAGGUGGAUCUGGACUUGAUGGUCGAGAAAACGAUCAUUCCGCCUGUUCUUGCGCGAAAGUAUCAAUAUGCUCCUGACGGUUUGAUUGAGCAGAAGGAUGACGGAGACUAUGAAGUCGCAAGUAUUCCCACCAAGAGAAAGCACGAUGCCAUCAAGGAAGACGAAGCAGCCGAAGAUGGCAAGCGAAGAAAGCCAGAGGAAGCAAGUGUCGUCUCCGAAGAAGCAAGUGUCGGCCCAGAAGAAGCAGGUGUCGUCUCAGCGGAAGCAAGUGUCGUCCCUGAAUUUGAGGAACAUUAUUACAAGAACGAGGCAAUUCUCCGCCGAGCGGAUGGACUGUCCGAUGCAGGCAAGGUCUCCGUCCACGGAGAGGAGCCAGACUUGGAAGAUGAUUCUAUGGUUGAGGAUGACGGCAAGACGAUUGAUCUGAGCACUGACGACGAGGAUGAGUUGGACGAUGAAUCCAAUGACACAGGAGACGAUCGUAUCAGCGAAGGACUUGAUCCUCCAGCCGGGGGGAGCAUCGCGUCUAAAUUCGAUCUUACAGAAGACCUGGAUUAUGUCGAUGAAGGAACCUCCUCCGACGAGGAGGAUCAGCAGACAUUGCCACCGCGCAACAAGACACCGGACGAGAAAAUCGGGGCGAACAAGAAUACCCUCGAUGUUCAGAAUGCAUUCCACCACGGAGAGGCCUCAGAGCUUUCCGAUCCUUAUCAUUAUCGGGGGUUGGAUGGUCCACGGAGAAGAAAACCAGUUCUUCGAAGUGCCCCAGACUCGGAUGCUGCUAGUUCAGGCGAACUUCAGCAGGUGCAGGACAAAGACUUGCCGACCGAAGAUGUUAGGGAGCUGGAACUUGGCGCUGAGAACCAGUUUCGACUACACGAUUCGGACGAGGUCACCCAGAAACAGGUCAAGCCUUCUGAAAAGCUCAAGGCCAGUCUCGAAAAGCUGAGCCGGCUUCUGGACAAGUACAAUUACUCGGAAGAACCGUUGCUUCCGGACAGUACUACGCAAAGCAGACUUCGAAAAGAACAAAAACGCUGGACGGAGGCGCUUCAGCUUACAACCGACUGCCAUUGUGAGCCACAUCGGGCUAAGCCUACCCAAGAAACAUUGCAUGCAAGUGCCGCCAUUGCUAACAUGCGCCUCACUGGUAAAUACUUUGAGAACGAAGACGAUGUAAACGAAUUCUGGGAAAAAUACUGGAGUCUUUUGCGGGCUGCUUCUGGUGUGGAUCAGGACGAUGUCGGGCCCAAUCUAAUGCUGUCGGCAGAGGUCCUCCAGCUCAAUCAAGACGGAUAUAUCCCAGGUAUGACUGGCUUGAAGCCACGUCCAGCUCAACAGUCGGGUGCCGCGUGGCUCUUCGCGAAAGAGCAGGAAUCAGGCCUGAUACGGUCUGCAGAUGGAAAGCACGAGUAUCACACUAUGGCAACCCUGGGAGGUAUAGUGUGCGACAUUCCUGGCGCUGGGAAGACGUUGAUGUGCAUUAUGCAUCACCAAAACAUCAUCAAUCGCAUGCCGCCGGCAGGAGGGGUUUACAAGCCGAGCAUGUAUAUCGUGCCCAAGAUCGCCAUUGGUCAGUGGUACGACACUUUCAGAAACAAUGCUCCUCACAUCACGGUGUUCGUCAUCUGGGGAAAGAAGAACUUCAGGAAGACUGCAGACUGGAUGGCAGCGAAUAUAUCAGCCCAAGAUCUCGAGAAUGGCCCUGAAGGUGUACCAGAGCGGUUGAAGUUCGCAUUUGACACUACUGAUCCCAGAGCGGCGUCGGUAGCCUUUGCCAUCACCAAGCAGACUUGCGAAAGCCGAUUCAAAGACCCUUCCGCCUGGAGAGGGCGGUUCGUGAGAUGCUUCAUCGACGAAGCCCACUGUAUCAAAGACCCUGACGCGAGCAUUUCAAAGGUCGUCAAAGGCUUUCAGUUCAAGUAUCGCCACCUCAUCACUGCCACCCCCAUGAUCAAUGAUAAGAAGAUAUCAUUGGCCUUGCGGACUAUCUCUACCGUUCGGAAUGGGCUGACAAAUAUGGAUACGAAGAAGAUUUUGACGUAUUUGACCCUGAAAUCGAACUCACUGACCCCCGAGUCGGUAGACGCAGCGCGAGACGUCCUUGCCGACGAGUUCAAGCGCCUUAGGGAGAUUAUGCCUAAGAUCAUGCAACCGGUGCAGUUGAGGGGGGCAAAUGGUACGAAGCUGCCGGUGGGAGAUGGAUCAUAUGUGGUCAUGGGGGACGACCUUCCGCCGUAUGAGGCUAUUACCAUUGAUUUAUGUAUGGAGAGCUCAGCCGCAAACGAGUAA